AUGCUGGUCACAAAUAUCCCGUCACCUUCGAUCCUGGGGAAAUCGGGCAGCAUACCACAACAAAAGGAUUCUCAUGCCCUACAAGCACCUGAGAUAUUUGACGACCCAAGUAAUUUAUUCAGAGAUCUGGAAGUGUUGCGGGAAAGCGACAACAUUGAGUUCAAUGAGCAUCUGAAAGCCUAUGUUGUUACUCGAUACAAUGAUAUUGUCCAAAUUCUCGACAAUCCCGAGACGUUCUCAUCCCAGCCAACGGUCCCUGUCCCGCCAGACUUUAUGGUUAGCCGGCUGCAAAGCAAGUGUCCCUUGCGGGGGACGCUUCUUGGACUCGACAACCCAGAUCACGACCGCCUUCGACGCAGUGUAGCUUCUUUCUUUGUACCUCGGCGGCUCAAGCGAUUCCAACCGUUGAUGGAAAGUUUCGCCAACCAGCUCAUAGACGAUUUUAUUGAAGACGACCAAGUCGAGAUCAAAUCCUCAUUCGCAUUGCCAUUGCCUUUGAAGAUCAUUAGUGCCAUUGCCGGUCUAGAUCCGGAGAGAUGGCAAUGGGUCGGCCAGUCCCUUGCACUGUUUGGAGGACACGCAGACAUGAAUGUGGGCACACUCGAGGACAAGAUCCAAGGCAUCAUUGCUCUCCACGAGCAUAUCGCCGAUCUUAUUCAGCAGCGAAAGCGCGAUCGAAGAGACGACCUCAUCAGUCAUAUCUGGAACGAGAGAGAUAGCGGAAAUGUCACCAUGACCGACUUUGAGCACUUGUCCAUGAUACCAGGAUUGCUUCUUGCCGGCCACGAAACUACCACAAACCUGCUGUCCAUGGGGCUGUCUCAUCUUCUCCACAAUAAUCUUUGGACGAUUGCAACAGAGAAUGAUCAAAGUACAGAGGCAGCCAUCGAGGAGCUUGUGCGCUACGAAUCCGCGAUAACGGGCAUGAAACGGCUAGUGACUCGACCCGUCCAGAUUGGCAACAUAUGUUUUCAACCAGGAGAUGUUCUAUUUGCGGCCUAUAACGCAGGAAGCCGAGACCCUGCGCAAUUCACGCACCCCAGCAGCGUUUCUGUAGGACAACAGGGCAAGAGUCAGCAUCUUGGCUUUGGACGUGGUAUACAUGCCUGUCUCGGAGCUCCGUUGGCAAGAUUGCUUCUGCGAGUAGAGAUGCAAACGCUUGCAAAAAGGCUACCUGGACUACGAUUGGUGACUCCUUAUGAAGACCGCAUCUAUCACCCAGUUAGUGAAGGGCGCGGAAUCGACCGUCUGUUACUUAGCUGGGAUUCGCAGGCUGUUUCCAAGCCCGACAAGGCCGAGCCUUUGAUCGCCUACGUGCCGAGCCACACACUCAAAGAUGAGGUUAUCUCGACAUCUGUAGAAGAUAUCGUAAAAGUGGCUCAAAAUGUUAUUCAGAUCACCUUUUCUCCUUUGCCUGAGUCUAAACUACCAACGUGGUCUCCAGGCGCUCAUAUUGACGUACCCGUUGGCGAGAAAGGGUUUCGCCAAUACUCACUUUGCUCCGGGCCAAGAGAUCGGGCCAGAUGGCGGAUUGCGGUGCUAAAGGAACACAAGGGCCAAGGCGGUUCCGAAUUCAUCCAUCGCACCUUUCAAAAGGGCCAACGAAUUGACCUUCGGGGGCCAAGGAACCAUUUCGCCCUCCGAAAAUCUGACAAGUAUAUUUUCAUCGCGGGUGGCAUCGGUAUCACGCCUAUUCGUGCCAUGAUUGAGGAGGUCGAAGCUCAAGAAUCUGAAUACCAACUCCUAUACCUUGGAAACGAACGACAGAACAUGGCCUACGUGGAUGAACUUUCGAGAAACCCCAGGGCGAGCGUGUGGGUAAAAAGCACCCAAGGCCCAUGUGAUCUCGGGCAUUUCUUUGCGGGCAGAGACUUUACCGGCUCCCUAGUAUACUGCUGUGGACCCGAGAGACUGAUGGUCGCGGUGGAGCGACUAUUCAGCAACCAUCUCCCCUCCAGCGCGAUCCAUGUGGAGAGGUUCAGCAACAAUUUCGCAUCGUCGCACAAACCAAACCAGCCCUUUGACAUAGUACUUGCUCGGAGCAAUAGGACUCUUCGGGUACCCGAGAACCAGAGCAUCCUGCAAGUUCUCCACGAAAACGGGGUACCGCUCAUGUCGACUUGCACAAAGGGGACCUGCGGGACGUGUGAAGUGAGCGUAAUAGAUGGGGUUCCAGAGCACAGAGAUACGGUCUUGACUCAUGAAGAGAAGGCAGCCAAUAGAUCUUUGAUGACUUGCGUGUCGAGAUGCAAGGGCAAACAGCUUACUUUGGAUCUUUGGUAA